GACCGGGACACUUCGUGCCCAGCCCUCGGCAUGGAGAGCCAGCGCCUGUCCUCCUACGGCCGCCGCUUCGGCUCGGCCGCCUCGGUGCGCCGGGGGCUCCCCGCCAGCCCCCCGGGCCGGCCCCGCAUCCUCAGCGCGCAGCCGGGGCUCCGCUGGGCCGCCCGCCCCGGGCCGGGCAGGAUGGACUUCUCACUGGCCGAGGCGCUCAAUGCGGAGUUCAGGGAGACACGCACCAACGAGAAGGUGGAGAUGAUGGAGCUCAACGACCGCUUCGCCAGCUACAUCGAGAAGGUUCGGCUCCUGGAGCAGCAGAACAAGAUGCUGGUGCUGGAGCUGAACCAGGCGCGGGACCAGGAGCCCUCGCGCCUGGCCGACGUCUACCAGGAGGAGCUGCGCGACCUGCGGCGCCACGUGGAGCAGCUGGCCACCGCCAAGGCCCGUGCGGAGAUCGAGAGGGACAACCUGGCCGAGGACCUCGGAAACCUUCGGCAAAAGCUGCAGGAGGAGGUGACCCUGCGGCUGGAGGCUGAGAGCACCCUGGCUGCGUACAGGCAGGACGUCGAUGCCGCUGCCCUGGCUCGCCUCGACCUGGAGCGCCGCGUGGGGUCCCUGCAGGACGAGCUGGCCUUCCUCAGGAAGGUGCACGAGGAGGAGCUGCGGGAGCUGCAGGAGCAGCUGGCCCGGCACCGGGUGCAUGUCGAGGUGGACGCCAGCAAGCCGGACCUGACGGCCGCCCUGCGCGACAUCCGCACCCAGUACGAGGCCAUGGCUGCCAGCAACAUGCAGGAGACCGAGGAGUGGUACAAGUCCAAGUUCACAGACCUGACGGACGCGGCCGCCCGGCAUGCGGAGGCCCUGCGCGCGGCCAAGCAGGAGGCCAACGAGUACCGGCGCCAGCUCCAGGCCCUCACCUGCGACCUGGAGGCCCUGCGGGGUUCGAACGAGUCCCUGGAGAGGCAGCUGCGGGAGCUGGAGGAUCGCUACGCGCUGGAGACCGCCGGCUACCAGGACACGGUGGUGCGGCUGGAGGAGGACAUCCGCAGCCUCAAGGAGGAGAUGGCACGGCACCUGCAGGAGUACCAGGACCUGCUCAACGUCAAGCUGGCCCUUGACAUCGAGAUCGCCACGUACCGCAAGCUGCUGGAGGGCGAGGAGAGCAGGAUCACCAUCCCCGUGCAGACCUUCUCCAACCUGCAGAUCCGAGAGACCAGCCUGGACACCAAAUCCCUGUCAGAAGCUCACCUGAAGAGGACCAUCGUGGUCAAAACUGUGGAGACCAGAGAUGGAGAGGUGAUCAAGGAGUCCAAGCAGGAGCACAAAGAGGUGGCGUAGGGCGGGCGAGCCGCAGCAGCCACGCUUGUAGCUGUAGCCCCGUAGGUGCUGUCCGAUGCUGCGAGGAACCCCGGUGACCGGGCAGGAGCUGCGGGAUGAGGUGGGGAUGCUCCAGGGGGCACCUUCCUCCUGCCCACCCUCGCCUCUCCCACCGCCCCGGGACCCCCUGGUUGGGGCCGGGCAACGUGGGGAGCGGACGGGAGACACGGGGGGAGGCAAGCGGUUCUGGGCAGAGCCUGUUCCCACAGCACGGCAGAGCUGGCAUUUUGGGGGCUAUGCCAAGCAUGUGCCCUGGGUCUCUGGCUUGCCGAUGUCUGUCAAUGAAGUCCAUCCCAUUUCGAUCUCUGCAUGCCAGUUGGAAAAGUGCAAAGAGCCUCUCUCCCUUCAUCCCACCCCACUGCCCACUCUCUGGUCCAGGAGGCUGCCCUGAAUCUGCCCCCUGUGUCUGGGCCCUGAGCAUCCCACGGGGGCUGGAGGGAGCAAGGUACUGGCUGGCCAGGGGCGUUUCCCAUCACUGAGCUUUGGGUGGGCUUAGCCAAGAGACACGGGCAGGAGGAAGAGGAGGAUGGAGCCGUGCACGGAGGCAGGGUGCUGCUGGGAUGAUAUGAAGGGUGAUGGGAGUGGGGAUAACGAAGGGUGCAUGGGGGCAUGGGGGGUUGUGGGGCUGGAGCAGCGAUGGGCACAGCAGGCUGGGUGGCCUCAUUCGCUUUUCCAGGUCACAGAGCCAUGGGGCUGUCCGAGCCCCGAGUGGGUACCCCCACCAAGGUGCCCUCAUCACCACGGUGGAGGGAACAGUCCAGAGGGGCUUGUGGCAAGAGGGGACCCAUGGCCGUGUGCUUGGCCCCUUGCCUGGGGGAUUCCCAUGCAGUUGAAAGUGGAGAGGAGAGGAGUGAGGACAGAGGGAGGCAGAGGGAGGAGGAGAAGUAAGCGGAAGAGAAGAAGGGGAGGAGGAGGGUGUUGGAGUACCCAUGGGUGCUCUUGGAGCAGGAGCUUCCUCCCGUGACCCAGGAGUGCUGGGGCAGCCCUCCCUGUCCUGCGUGUCCCAACCAGUUGGUGGUACAAGUCCCACCACUGCGGCGAGCCAGGGCUGCCCAGGUCAAGCCUGGACAGGAGCCGUGCAGGAGCCCGAGCCCAGCUCCUGCAUGAGAGGGGCUUGGCAGAAAUCUCCUGUCCCGGGGCUCCAAAUAGCCUUGGCCCCACAUGCAUCCUCCCUUGCUUCCCCUGCCCAAACCAGCGCAUGUCACCCAGCUGGGGCCAUCACCCAGCUCACCCGCAGCCCCCGUCCCCAACCUUUGAUUUAGCCGCUACCAGGAGCAAAACCUGCGCCACUGCCACCUAACAUAGGAGCAACCACCUACCUGCACUUCUCGUACCCCAUAAACCCGUAGGGAUGAGCACACGGAUGCCACUCAGUUGCCAUCCCCCCCACCCCCUUUGUCCCUUGUGUCUCCCUGCUCUGUGAAACAUUAACGCCCUAAUGUCUGCGGCAGCACAAGAUGAGAAAUAAAGCUUACAUAAGUGCUACUUC